AUGGACGACAAAGCGGUGAUAUCUGGUGGCAGUGCAAACGACCUGGAGCUGGACGACCUUGAAACCAACAAUAAUUCCCACGAAGCCACCGCAGAUGUCAUGUUAAAUCAGGAGGCAUCCCCCAUAGGCAGGCCUCAGCCCCCACAGACACCACAGCAAGGCGACUUGAGCCUCGUGGUCCAGUCCAUCAGGGAAGUCGUCUCCUGCUGUGCGUGCUUCAAUUCGGACUUUGGGAUGAAGGAGUGUGCCAACGGCCACCUCCUCUGUCCCAUCUGCUUUCUCACCUUGCGACAAGAUGACCACCCCCAGUGCCCCACGUGUCGCGCCGUCCUCUACCCCGACACCAAACGAGCCCUGAUAGCGCAGAAAGUCCUCUCUGAACUGCCCGACCCGUGUCCAGCUUGCGGCCAGGUAAUGCUGCACAAGGAUCUCGUGGGGCACAAGCUCAACGACUGUCCGAAACGCCGCGUCUCCUGCGGUCUGGCGCCCCUUGGCUGCGCGUGGUGCGGCUGCGCCGAGGACUACCGCAGUCACUACGCCGAAUGCAAUGUCAGACAAGGCUUAAGGGAGAACUCGCUGGAAGAGAGCUUGGACAAUGUGUUGUCACGAUUUCGACGCAGAGAGCAGAUGCUCAGAGAGACGUUUACCUGCUUCUCAGCCAUCUUUCGACACCUCGAGGGCUACGAAUUGCAGUCAGUGUGCGUGGUUCUCUCGGUAUCACGAGUUACACAGGGGAGGUUGGUGUUUAAGAGCGACCAGUUCCACAGUAGUCAGUCGCGGUGGACUGUUAAGUUGGCAGUUCGGUUUGAAGACGAUCUGGUCGAAGACUUGACUGCCGGGGAGGUCGGGAUUCCGGAAGACACGGACGAUCGACAGACAGCUGGCGCCGGCGCAGACAACAACGAACAGAUGAACAGCUCACACACUCCGAGCGACGAGAGCACACAACUGGGCAAUGAGAGUCCCAACUCGACCCUCCGUCCAAGGAGGAUAUUUCGAUUCGCGGGGGCACAUCGCACCCGGCCCUACCCUGAUUGGCGCCACACACGCAACGGCAAUAGCAACACCAAUAAUAUUGCCGUCUCCACCACCACUACCACUACCGUGACUAAUACCACUUCCACGACGACCAACGCGAGCGACUUAAAGUGCAGCCAGCCACCGUUCGGCACGAUGACAAUCACCGUUACGAAGGAGAACAGUCCGGGAAUUGGGCGGAAGAGCUUCGCUUUCAUCCCGCUGCAAAUUGAAGUGCCCGACACGGGCGCGCAGCUGAGCAUUCGCCCCAUGAUGUCCACGUACAGGUUCGUGUCGCGCGGGGAACGCACAGGCGCCUUCACCCUCUACCCCAUGCGCUGGAGGUACUUGACGAACCUCAGCGAGCUCAAGACCUGCCGCCUCUUGAACAUGGAGAUGGUGGUGGCGCGGCGACUCAUUGACGAGCAGGCAGAGCAGGCUUAG